AUGGUGAACAAGGUCUGUGAGGAUUUCGAAUUGGCCAACUUAACGGCGGACCAAUUUAAAAGCCUCAUUUUCAUCUGCGGUCUGCAAUCAACGAAAGAUGCAGACAUACGAACGAAGCUACUGUCCAAAUUGGAAGCAACUGGUCCGGAAGAAGAAUGCAGUCUCGAAAUUCUGGUCAAGGAUGCUCAACGACUGCAAAAUUUGAAGCUCGACACGGCGAUGGUUGAACAACAUCAACAGGUGACUUCUGUCUGCACAGUCAAGCAGAAGAAGUUUCCAGUCAAACCAUCCGGUUCACAUUCAAAGCCCAUCAAGACGUCAACCAACCCAAAGACUCCAUGCUGGCAGAGCGGCGGAAUGCAUUUUGUCCGCGACUGCAGCUACUCAAGCCACGUCUGCAGGGAUUGCAAGCAAACCGGACACAAGGAAGGUUAUUGUGAUUGCUACAAACCGAAGCCGCAAUCAAAAGCCAAGGUUUUCAAGAAGCGAUCAGUGAAAGGUGUUUUUGCUGAAAACAACAUCAACUGCGUGUCAAGCCGGAAGUUUCUUACCGUUCUCAUCGAUGGUUCUGCAGCCACGCUUCAGUUCGACACAGCAGCAGACAUCACCAUCAUUUCGAAACAUCAAUGGAGCAAGAAACUCGGAUCACCAGCACUUUCAGCAACAACACGCACCGCCACGACAGCUUCAGGUAAGCCCCUUCAUCUUUUGGGUGAGGCCAAAGCUGAAGUGACACUAGGAGACAUCCAGAAAACAGCGGUCUAUUACGUCACCGACAAUCGUCUGGACCUUUUCGGUCUGGAAUGGAUUGACCUAUUUGAGCUUUGGGACAAACCAUUAUCAGCGAUAUGCAAUCAAGUCCAACUCGAAUCUUCAAACAACAUCCAGCGAUACAAAGCUAAGUUUCCUGAGGUUUUCAAAUCCACCCUGGGUCACUGUACGAAGACGAAGGUUCGAUUGUACCUCAAGCCCAAUGCUCAACCUGUUUUCAAGCCGAAACGUCCAGUGCCAUUCACCUCCGUUGAGAAAAUCGAUUUGGAACUGGAACGCUUGCAAAAACUCAACAUCAUCACGCCUGUGGAAUUUUCCCAGUGGGCGGCUCCAAUUGUGGCUGUCAAGAAACCAGGAGGACGAAUCCGAAUUUGUGCCGACUACUCAACCGGUUUAAACGCUGCAUUGGAACCGAACAACUAUCCACUUCCGGUUCCCGAUGAUAUCUUCAGCAAGCUCAACGGAUGCAGAUUCUUCAGUAUCAUCGAUCUCAGCGACGCAUAUUUGCAAGUUAAGAUUGACGACGAUUCGAAGCAACUUUUGACCAUCAACACGCAUCGUGGAUUGUUCCGUUUCAACCGGCUCGCACCUGGGGUCAAGUCAGCUCCGGGAGCCUUUCAGCAGCUGAUGAACACCAUGAUAGCCGGCCUGAAAAGUGUCGAUUCUUUCCUGGACGAUAUUCUGCUCUACAGCCGAACCGAAGAGGAACAUCGGAGCAUUCUGGAUGGAUUGUUUACGCGAUUGCAGGACUACGGUUUCCACCUGAGGGAGGAAAAAUGCAAUCUCAUGCAGCGGCAAAUUCGAUACCUUGGGCACAUUGUCAACGCCUCAGGUCUACGUCCCGAUCCAGCCAAAGUCGAAGCUAUUGUCAAGAUGCCAGCACCAACCGAUGUGAGUACCCUUCGUUCUUUUCUUGGUGCAGUGAAUUUUUAUGCGAAGUUUGUGCGCGAAAUGCACACGCUGCGCCGACCGCUUGAUGCUCUGCUGAAACAAGAUGUCAAGUUCGAGUGGAAUCAAGAUUGCCAGAGGUUUUUCCGACGGUUCAAAGAAGUUCUACAGUCCGACUUGAUGCUCACUCACUACGAUCCUAACCUUGAAAUCAUCGUAGCAGCAGACGCAUCUCAAACUGGAAUCGGAGCUUGUAUCCUUCACAAAUUCCCAAACGGUGCAUUCAAAGCUGUUGCUCAUGCGUCUCGAUCCCUCACUCAAGCCGAGAGACAGUAUGGGCAAAUCGAAAAAGAAGGACUCGCUCUGGUAUUCGCUGUGACCAAAUUUCAUCGAAUGCUUCUUGGUCGCAGGUUCCUGUUGCAAACGGAUCACCAACCCCUUCUCCGAAUAUUUGGUUCCAAGAAGGGCAUUCCAGUUCACACGGCGAACAGACUGCAGCGGUGGGCUCUAGCACUGCUAUGCUACGACUUCGAGAUCCAGUACGUGUCCACAUCUCAGUUUGGCUACGCAGAUGUCCUUUCUCGCCUAAUCGACAAACACUCAAAACCAGACGAAGAGUUUGUCAUUGCAUCGGUCCAGCUGGAAGAAGAUGUGGAGAUCCCGCUUCAAGAAGCCAUCAGUUCGGUUCCCAUCACAUUCAAAAUGGUAACCAACGCAACACUCAAGUGCUCCGUUCUUCAGCAAGUCAGUCAAUUCAUCGAAAACGGUUGGCCAUCAAAUAUCUCCGAAAUUGUUAACCCAGCAGUGAAGCCAUUUUUCCCCCAUCGUGAUGCUCUCAAUCAUCAAGAACUGCAUCAUGAUGUCGAAUCGGUUAGUCAUCCCAGAAUUCUACCAUCAACGGAUUCUGAAACAACUUCAUCGAGGUCAUCCGGGAAUUGA